CGUGUAUCUGCUCUCGCUCUCAACUCUACUUAGGCCUCUUCCACUGUCUGUCUUCAACGUCCUCAGCCCUAUUUCUUCCCCUCGCUUGUCACGACCAUGCCUUCACGAUUGUACGAGCACAGGCACUGGCUCUACGCAUGGGUCCCACUGUUUGGAGCAUUUAUCUGGUCAGGCACCCUGCUUGCGAUGCUCAUCACCUGGCUUGCGACUGGCCGCCCAAAAUACGUCACCCAGGAGGGCAAUAUCGCCUACAUUUCAGACAUUGGUGCGGGAUACCUGAAGCCGCUCUUCAUCGUGUGCUGCUGCAUUACCGGCGUCUCGUUCUUCCUCACACUCGUCAUCGAGCGGUGGCUUCGGAAUUCAGGCAGACUACUUCCGAACAUGCGGCGUCGAGAGCGGGUUUUCGCAGCUCUCGCAGUGUUGGGCUCCUUCAUCGGCGGCGCAGGCCUCAUUCUCCUCUCCAUCUUCGACACCGGGCGGCACCCGAGCCUUCAUCGUGUCUUCCUGCUAGUAUUUAUCGUCGGCGUCGCCCUCAGCGCCAUUUUCACCAUUAUUGAGUACCGUUGGAUUAGCCGCGAUUUCGUCGAAGUCCACAAGCUGAAGCACGCGUACAUCGCGAAGGGCAUCAUCGCGAUCAUUCUCAUCAUCCUCGCCAUAGUCUUCGCCAUCACACUAUAUACUACAAACGACGUUGCAGCCGUCAUAGAAUGGGUCAUUGCAUUUGGGUACACGUUCUUCCUCCUCACCUUCGUGUACGACCUGCGCAUGACGCGUGGUGUCGAGAAGGGCCAGUUCUCGCGCGACCGUCUCCUAGCGAUGCGCCAAAGUGGCGAAAGCGGGCCGCCGAUGGGCCAAGUUGGGGCAGGGGCAGGGGUAGGAGCCGCUCAAUACCCAUAUACCCAAAGAGACGGAUAUACCACCGGAAACCCAAACGGGUAUACGAAUGGCGAUGCGUACGCCGGGAACACAGUGCUCGCGCAGCCUGCAAAUGCUCACGCAGGUAACCAGCGGGGGAUGGUAUGAUGAGAAGAGACAAAGGGACAACACUUACGACGAGACACGGGUCGUGCUGCUUGCUCAUGAACUUGUACCGCUAGUGAACAUACCGGACAAUGUAUGCAUUAGUCACAGUACUUUAGAAAAACAUUAAUAUGAAAACCC